CAGAUCCAGACAUUUAUCUGUUCCUUGAUUACAAAUGGCCCGUACUAAGCAGACAGCUCGAAAGUCUACUGGUGGCAAGGCGCCCCGAAAACAGUUGGCUACAAAAGCUGCUCGUAAGAGUGCCCCAGCCACUGGCGGUGUUAAGAAGCCCCAUCGUUAUCGCCCCGGAACCGUUGCUCUCCGAGAGAUUCGCCGGUACCAGAAGUCUACUGAGCUUCUGAUCCGCAAACUUCCAUUCCAACGCUUGGUCAGAGAAAUCGCCCAAGAUUUUAAGACCGACUUGCGAUUUCAGAGCUCAGCAGUUAUGGCUUUGCAGGAGGCAAGCGAAGCUUACCUAGUGGGUCUUUUCGAAGACACUAACUUGUGUGCCAUUCACGCCAAGCGAGUCACAAUCAUGCCUAAAGAUAUCCAGUUAGCCCGUCGUAUCCGUGGUGAACGUGCUUAAAUAGCCUAACGCCUCAGUAAACAAUCGGCCCUUUUCAG